UUUACAACAGCGACCCCCAGCGUGCAGAAGGAGAAAUACAAGCGGCCAGCACUUGUACUCCAUCAAAGCGAAGAUGGCGGAGGGUGAAUUGAACGUGGACAGCCUCAUCUCUCGGCUCUUGGAAGUGAGGGGAUGUCGCCCAGGGAAGAUAGUCCAGAUGACCGAGGCAGAGGUGCGAGGUCUCUGCAUCAAAUCCCGGGAGAUCUUCCUCAGCCAGCCCAUCCUGCUGGAGCUGGAGGCCCCACUCAAGAUCUGCGGCGACAUCCACGGGCAGUACACAGACCUGCUGCGGCUCUUCGAGUAUGGUGGCUUCCCUCCCGAGGCCAACUACCUGUUCUUGGGCGACUACGUGGACCGAGGCAAGCAGUCGCUGGAGACCAUCUGCCUGCUGCUGGCCUACAAGAUCAAAUACCCCGAAAACUUUUUCCUGCUCAGAGGCAACCACGAGUGUGCCUCCAUCAACCGCAUCUACGGCUUCUACGACGAGUGUAAGCGCAGGUUCAACAUAAAGCUGUGGAAGACCUUCACAGACUGCUUCAACUGCUUGCCUAUUGCUGCUAUAAUCGAUGAGAAGAUCUUCUGCUGCCAUGGAGGACUCUCGCCUGACCUGCAGUCUAUGGAGCAGAUCCGGAGGAUUAUGAGGCCAACAGAUGUGCCUGAUACAGGCCUCCUUUGCGACCUCCUGUGGUCGGACCCAGACAAGGACGUGCAAGGCUGGGGAGAGAACGACCGCGGGGUUUCCUUCACCUUCGGCGCCGACGUGGUCAGCAAGUUCCUUAACCGCCACGACCUGGACCUCAUCUGCAGAGCCCACCAGGUGGUGGAGGACGGAUACGAGUUCUUUGCCAAACGCCAACUGGUUACUCUCUUCUCUGCACCUAAUUACUGCGGGGAAUUUGAUAACGCGGGCGGCAUGAUGAGUGUUGACGAGUCGCUCAUGUGCUCCUUCCAGAUCUUAAAGCCCUCGGAGAAGAAGGCCAAAUAUCAGUACGGGGGGGUCAAUUCUGGUCGGCCAGUCACCCCGUCCCGCACCACUCAGGCCCCCAAGAAGAGGUGAACGUACCACCUUCUGUGCACACAGUAACCCCAACACCACCUGGCUUAUCGGAAUACUCGUCCUCCCUCCCGACUCCACUGACAGCUCUUUUCUUAAUGUGUACAUACAUUUGCUGUGACCAAUCUUUUUUCCUGCCUGUUUGUUCAUAUUUUUGAUAUUAUUAACACUUUACCGUGGUUUCUCUCUGUUGAGGUAUUUCAUUUCUAUUUCCUUAAAAGGACAAAUUAAGUAGACCUAUUGCCUCUGUCGCUCAUAACGAUUUUUGAAAUAGCCAACAUGAAUAACACAAAUACGCUCACGUUGUGCAUUAAGUAUAUUCAAACUACGAAAAAAAAAAAAAAUACUCCACACCCAGUAUUGACAUGCUCCUCUAUAAUCCUCUUUGUCAUGUGGUGAGAAAUGCAUUUAUUUGCUGGCAUUUCAGGAACUCAAGUGCUCAGUAAUAGUCACCGGUCAGUAUUUUUUAUUCUUAUUUUUGCAGCAUAUUAAUGCAAUAUUUAGUGUUGCACAAAAUGUCGUCCUUUGGUGGCUUUGAGGCAAAAAUGUCCAUCCUCUUCCUUCUUCCUCGUAUUAUUUUGUUUUGUUUUUUUACUAUGUGCGCGUGGGUGCAUGUCUCGCAUUGCUACGUGAUUGUGGCGCCCCCUGGUGUGUACAUACAGUAGUGCAGCACCAAGUAGGCCUCAAAAACAACUCAAAAGUAACUGCAAAGAUCCUCCUAUUCUUAAAAAAAAAAAAACAGCCUCAACCCUAUCGCAAAUGUGUUCCGUUAUACAGUUUGGAUAUUUCUCUGCUCAGUUUCUGUUUGCUCGAGUCACAAAUUUUAAUUUAUUUCAUAAAACAAUCUUCGUUACGACGAUGACGCGGAAUGAGUGAGGUGUUAAUUAAAACGUUUUUGCAAUUUGUACAAGUUUGAAAGUCCUUAAAUGAAUAAAAUAUGUGGAAUGAAAGUCUAAAAA